UCAUGCUCCCGCUUUAAUUAAAGAUGGCGGCUGUAUUUUGAUUAUUUAGGAAGGGACGUGCGUUACGUGCGUAGUCUACGUGCUCUUAGCGACUUAAAUAGCGUAGUGCGUAAAAAAUACAGUGAAAUAGUUACAAUGAAGACCUUGGAUGACUCGGCAUGUGAAAUGGUGGAACGUCACAGCAUGAACGCUAUAGGUGAAGCCGAAGAACUCUUCACGGACUUGGAUGACACUUCGGAUCUUCCGACGUCACUUAUUAUUACGAACGUCGACAUUAGCGUCUUCACAGACUCAGAGCAACGAACAGCAUUUGAAGAUAUGUUCCGUCAAUUUGAAGAAGAAGCGAGCUUUCAUUACUUUAAAAGCUUUCGAAGGGCUCGGGUAAAUUUUUCUACUCCAGAUUCUGCAGCGCAAGCACGCAUUCGAUGUCAUCAGACAACGUUUGGUGAAAAUGCACUUAACUGCUAUUUUGCUCAGGCAGCUUCACCUGGGGAAUGUUCCCCCGGAAGUAGUCUUCUGCAACCUCCGUUGCCUCAACGCCAGUUCCUCAUAUCUCCUCCUGCAUCUCCUCCAGUUGGUUGGGAACCCAGGGAAGAGGCCGAGCCCUGUCUUAGCUACGAUAUCAUUACUGCUUUAGCUAGCCUCACUCCAGGGGAGUCACAUGAGUUGCACCCAGCAUCUGGAUCUCAGCCGGGGAUCAUUGUGCACAUUUGUGAAGAAACUAGCCCCACCAAGAGCAAGCCGAAGGCAGUUAUCCACACACGUUGCCCCGAACACGGCUCGGACACCAGCCUGGAAGAGUCUGUGCCACAGUCCAUCUCCAGCUCCUAGAAUUGCUGUCACUAGGGUGACUGUGGUAGAAUCACAUCCUGCUAAACAUGCUUUGGUGUCUGAAAUUAGACGUGAAGGCACCUUGACGGUGUUUGGAUUAUAAUUGACAGAGCUUUUGGUUUAGUGUCAUUCAGCUAGUCCAUGACGGGUUGUUACGCUGCUGCAGUUCAUUCUGAGGUAUCUAUCCGGCUGGAAUUACGACAGCAUAGCUACACCUCUAUUCCAACAGUGUAGCCUACCUAUACAUCUUGGAAUAGAGGUGUUCAUAUCUAUAAAAAGUGGGAUCAACUCGUUUGAAUUAUGAUAAUUUUUUGGGGGGGAACAUGUUUAAUUCAAUGAAAAAAAAAUGCAAAAAAAUUUUGGGGUUUAUGUCUCACACAAGGUUUUAGGGUUGAAAUAGCACGAAAAAAAAAAAAAAAAAUCUAACACACACAUUUUGAAAUGAACAGUUAUAGACUGAGUCUAUGAUGACUCCUGUUUUGAUUAGGAGAGUAUGGAUUUUUUCAGCAAGGCACUGCAGCUGCAAAGUGCUACUUUUAUGAGCAGUUGUGUAAAAAUUGUGUAGCAGUAUGAUACUGGGAGUCAUACACAGCUGAUAUGGUUAAGUGUGUAUUCUUUUAUUAGUGUGCACUGAUUUGCUGUUGUGUUGUGAGUUAGCUAUAAGGAGUGCACAGUGUUGUUAGAUAUUGAACUUGUUGUCUGCAUAAUAUUGGUACACAUAAUCUGUUUAGGAGUAGCCCUUCACACGUAUCUGGGUUACUCUAGUGUUGCGCAGGCAUGCAUAGUGCAAAAUUGCAGAGCAGUUCAGACCUUUUCCUUUCGGGUAAGCACGACAAAGGACGUUGCGGUGGAUAUAAUGCGUCUGUGGAAAUUUACACUCUUCGCAUUCUGUGGACAACCUAUGAAGCGUUCCCUGGAAUGGAAUUUUAGGCGGCCAUGUGACAUUGAUUGCUUCUAAAUGGAUUCUAAAUGAAUGGUGCCAACAAUAUCACGAUGUGAACAUGGAAGAACAAUGAGGCAAUUGAGGUGGAGAAAGUAGGAGUUUGCAACAUAGUUUGUCACACACACACACAUGCACACACACACACACACAAAAAAAAAAACACUACAAAAUAUAGGGUUGUAACAUCAGGUAGUAAACUAAUGUAAUGUGUACGUCACCUCACUUCCAUCAACACACAAGCUUUACAAGCCAACAUACACAACCAAACUAAUUCUGUUCUGAAAUUCGCCAGGUUUAAAGGAGCAGUGAAGUAAUUAAAAAAAAAAAAAUUGGCAGUCUCAUAUUGCACAACGGAUAACAUGCGCCCUUGCAAAAGGACGAUUAUCCUAUCUGACCUAUAGCACAAGCAUUAAAGUCUUUGAUGUGCAUACCCUCUAGAAACCCCCCUAAUGGACCUUUUUCUCAACGGCCUAUGUGCAUGACUAUGAGGAGCCGGAGAGGGUUUCUUCUGUCUUCGCUAGAUGGCGCAGUAUGGGGACGACAGAAGUGGGGAUCAGUGGGGAGACCACACCAACGACGCGAGCUCGUCGGUCCCACUCCUGACCGAUUUUGGUCCUUUGUGCUGCCCACGUGGAUUCGUUUUGGCGCGCGCCGAGCGUGGUUCGCUGCAGAGGCGCUCGAAUAAGACCAAGACCUACUAGAUUAUAAUGACCAUGUCAUAAUCGCAAUCCCUAUGAGGAGCGCGUCCGCAGGAUCCGCUAGGGGCGCUACUCAUCGGCCCGCGGGAUCUACGUCAUGAUUGGAGAAUGGAAAUUUGAAUUUUGAACGUGCACAAGCGGACGUAUGACUACCGUAGUAGACAACACCAACAGCUCCUAUGAAAACGUAGAAUGAUGAUGAUGAUCAACUUUUAAAAAAAAAGCAUCUCUCAUGGGACAUCCACCGCUUGUACAAAAAUACUAAGGCAAGCUGAAGUACAAAGUAUUGCAGAAAUUGAGGAAGCAAUAAUCGGGCUGAUGAGUAGUGCCGCCGCUAGCUUCCAAAUGCGGUGCUGGGAAGGGGUGCCUAUGACAUGGUCGUUAUAAUCUAGUAGGUCGUGGAUAAAACACGUAUGUGAAAAAGCUCCAUUCCCUGAUAGAGCCCAAGUGGUGCUGGGAACUUUCCCUGACGUGGAAAGUCCUUGGGAAGUAGCACCGAGCGAUGUUUGCAGAAGACGAAUGUGCUGCCACAGUUUGUCCCUGCACAGGGGAGAGGGUAAAGUUUGGAUAAACAAUGUGACGGAGUGUCUGUCCUAUCACAAGGCAGCAUUGAGGGGCCAUUUGUAGACCGGCAUGGGUCCACAGAAGAAAGUGCACAGGAAUAUUGCACCCUUGUUUGGAAGCGGUCACUCGAUCAAUAGGGCAGAGAGGGAGACUGUGGAGCUGUGCAGACAGUUGACCAACUUGCAUGCCAUGUUUUUAGUGAGAUCAGACCUUGUGGCUGCUGCUGUCGUCGUCGUUGCUGCGCCAUGCAGACCUAAUUGCGUCACGCCGGAAUAUAGGACUGGGCCUUAAACGUCACACUGUGCCACUCGUGGCUGCUGCUGUUUCAGGGUGCCAUUGUAAAUUCAAUCGCGCAGUGCUGAAUUGCUGUGCAGCAAAAAUGUUGUGCAUUGUGGCUCCUAAUAGACUGCUUGAUAAACGAAGCAGGGUUUUGAGCCAUGCUAAGUGCCACUUUGUUGCUCCUUUAAAGCUGUUUUUAAUGUGAUAGCAUAUUUUUGCUUCAUGUCACCUCUGGUCCAUUGCCAUGUAUCUGCUCUCGGCUUGGUUAGUGUGGGUAAUAUGAAUUUGUGAACUCCAUUUGCAGAACUCCAUGGCAAAAUUUGUUUGGUGUUGCAGUCAUGUGUUAGCUCCUAAAAAGUUCUAAUCGGUCGCUGGUUUGUGCUUUUAAAGUACACUAGGGUUAAUUUGUAUAUAUAUCUUAUGAACAAAUACUGUAAAAGCUGUAUUUUUACAGUGGUGUAGCUCUAGGUAAAGUCUUACUCCCACAGGAAGAGAAAUAUCACCACAAAGAAACUGUCGUGUAAAGUGACAUAGCGUGAAAGAAGUAUUCUAGACUUGAACAAGGUAGAGCUUAGUUUUGUGGAAAAGUGAGAAGUCCAGCGACCUGGUGAAGGUGGAUCAAAGCCAGCCCAGAUCUCUCAGAUCGGGACCUGUUGAUAUUUCGAACGGAGACAGUUCUUUUACGGGGCCUCUCCGGAGCCUACCACUCUGUUCGAAAUACUGGUGGCUUUCAGUCUUUAAGGCUUCUGCUUUGGUAGAGGUUACAGGAUGUUGCAACCUCACACGCACCAAGGCUUUAAAAAAGAUGGAGCACUCUACAAGAAUGAAGUCAUCGGAAUGUUGUUGGUAGUUGUGUAUUGCAGUCGCUAGUACUUUUCAUACUUAGGCAGAAUGCCUAAUUAAUCAUUUUGAAUAGACUACGGUAAUAUUGUUUGCUCCGACUACUAAGCUCCGACAAAUUCUGCUCGCAAGACGCUGCUUCUUUUUAAAAACCUUGGUGCAUGCUAUUUGUACCUUGUUAUGAGGCUACACACCCUGUUGUGUUAGGUAAAGAACAUAUCAGGGCUAAUAAUUGUGAUCUGCCUACAUAAGGAAUUGGGUAUCACCUAACAUGGGUAGGGAGUAAGGAACUAGGAUGUCCCCUUGUGGUGCAGGCCAAGGUCUUGCAGGCAAUAUUUGGUGCCUGGAACCUUUCCUAAACAUAGAUGGUACAGCUCCCAUCAAAGCUAAUAACACUGGAAAAAGUUCUGUCUCAUUUCCGCGCGUGAUAACAGCCACCCUGGGGGAACGUUAAGUGAACAAAAUCCUUGCGUUAAACUAACAGAAUAAUUUUGUUCAAUUAAGAUUUCCUCGUGGCCCCAAGGGUUGCUGUAAUCACGCUCGGGAAUGAGGGCACAUUUCUUCCAGUGUUGUUAUUAACUUUGACGGGAGCUGUACCAACGUCAUGGAGCUUAAACCGUCGAUGCCACACCAGUUAUGCUACUACAGCGCUUGCCGUUUGUCCUUCCAUGACGACGUAUGCACUGCAUGUGAAAACACAGUGUGCACCAGGUACAGUACCAACUGCUCCACCAGCACUGUGAUGCCGAUCACCAACAGCAGGCACAGGGCUUGCACCACGAAAUGUCACUCUAUCGUAAACACUAGACAGACACACACAUUACCAUUGAAGGCUCUUUCGGGCCUUGGAAGAGCGCAAAAACAAAGGCUAGUUACAGAGGCCAUACUGAUUGCAUUCACUAGGGCCCCUUAUAUGUGCACCCUCUAUGUCUGCGCGAAACAGGUCACCCAUACAUGAUGGACCAGUGCACUGACACAAAUGGAGGAGAACGUUCUCACUUAAUCUACCUUUCUUACACUGUGGUAUUUAUUUCUUAUUUAUUUAUAAGACGUGACGUUUUCAUGUGAAAGAUGCGAUUUUCUCCCAAUUAUUUCAUGACCCAUAUCAGAAUCCAGACUAUAUUUAAUGGAGAUUGAUGAGUAUUUUGUCGGCAGUUCUUGUAAUCUUUUUGUUGAUAGAUCGUAUUGAUGAACUGUAACGGUAAUAUUCUGGUGAUAGUGAUAUAUGAGAAGGCAUUUAGGAUGUAACAGAUAUCUGAGGCCUCACAAUUUGAUGAGACUUUGCCAAAAGCCUGUAAUCAUCAUGGUAAAAGCUUUUUUGUGUGUUACGUGCAUAAAUUGUGGCUAUGCCCCUGCUGCGCCGCCCCGGCUAUUGUGAUCAAUGCCAAAAUGGGAUAUUGUAUUUUGUGGGUACAAAUAUAUGCAUAUUUUACAUUUUGUGAGAUAAGUGCAAAAUGAAACUCGCUUGACAUUUUAUUUUAGGAGUUUUGUUUACUACCGUUUCCUUAUACAUUACCCCCUGGUGUGAUCCUUCAUAUAUAUUAUUUUUACUUCUUACGCAAAAUGCUUUCAGGUGAUCACAGUAGCUUCUGAUAUAGCUUGUUUAUUCCUUUUCGUGGAUAACCGAACCAGUAACUGUGUUCUAAACUAGGCUACAGGCAGGUGCCAUUGUUGUUUGCUGUGUCUUUGUAAGCAGUAUUUAAGCGAAGAAAAAGAAAACAUGCACGUUUGUUUAUGCAAGCUGUAUAAAUCGGUGUCAUGUAGUAAUCAAUAUAUUUUUAGAAACAUC